CCUGCCUCCUGUAGCAACACUCCCAGAAACUGAAACCAGCUGGCCCCGUAAAGCCCAGAUGGUAUACAUGUGCUCCCGAAGGACUUGAAUGCUGAUCACCUGAAAAAGAGCACAACUCUCAGUGAAAGAUCCAAGGAUUUAUGUGUUUGUAGUUCCAGGGUUGUUUUGCUUUGCCACGAUCUUCCGCCACCACGCACAGGAGCAGAUGUGGGGAAGAGAAGUGUCUUCUGCUACAGUAUAGAAACAAGGUUCAGGAGUCUGUUUUCAGGGCUGAAGUGAAAAAAACAGAAGGAGAAAAACUCUGUUUUUUUGCAUUCCUUAGAAAACCAAACAUGGCAUCUUCCAUGAGGAGCUUGAUCUCAAACCAUAGCCGAUAUGUUGAAUCUUUCCGUCUGUUCCUUGAGAAUUCAACAGAGCAUGAGUGCAUGCUGGAAUUCAUUGAGAAGAAGCUGCCAGACAUAAUAUCAAGCAUUGGCAACGGAAAGUCUGCAAUCAAUAUUCUCAGUGUAGGUGGCGGGGCAGGUGAAAUUGACCUGCAGAUUCUUUCAAAAUUGCAGGCCAGAUAUCCAGGAGUGGCCAUUAACCAUGAGGUGAUAGAACCAAGUGAUGAACAAAUCUGCCACUACAAAGACCGUGUAGCUAAGACAUCAAACCUAGAGAACGUAAAGUUUACCUGGCACAAAGAGACAUCGCAUGAAUAUGAAAGACGAAUGAAUGCGAAACAAGAGUUUAAAAAAUGGGACUUUGUUCACAUGAUUCAGAUGCUUUAUUAUGUGCAAGACAUUGCUGCUACUAUCCGAUAUUUUCAUAGUCUCCUGGAUGCUAAGGCCAAGCUUCUCAUUAUUAUUGUAUCAGGAUCCAGUGGCUGGGACACACUGUGGAAGAAAUAUGGAUCUCUCUUACCACUAAAUGCUCCUAGCUGUUAUGUUUCAUCUGCUGACAUCAAAAAGGUACUCGAUACGGAGGGGCUGAAGUACCAGCUUUUUGAGCUUCCAUCCAGUAUGGAUAUAACAAAUUGCUUUAUUGAAGGAAACAAAGACGGGGAGCUUCUGCUGGAUUUUUUGACAGAAACUUAUGAGUUUAGCAAAACUGCUCCACUUCAUUUGAAAAAUGCAAUAAUGGAAGAUCUGAAAAAACCUGAAUGCAGUGGAGAGAGAGAUGGAAAGGUCUUUUUUAAUAAUAACCUGAGUGCAAUAGUGAUUGAGCCAUAAAUAAGUGCUAGUGGAUUUCUCAACCCAUAAGCACUGUAAAAGCUCUGCAUAUUUUGCAGACUGGUAAAUUUACUGGGGUACCGAUAAACGUAUUAGAAAUAUUAGAAGGUAUGAAAACAGUAGUUGUUUUACAAAUGUAUAUCUAUGUAUUGCUAAUUCUUUACUAAUAUAUGAAUGAAUAAUUUGCUGAAUAUAAACUUCCUUUAUUAUACAAUAGCUUUAUAAUCAAAAUGCCUGUAAGUGGGACUGUUAAUUAAAACCCAGCAAGGACCAAAAUAUAAUCUUCAGCCUAAUGUUUAAUAAUGACCUUGAAGACAUUUGAACACCGUGUUUGAAAUGCAUUGUAUAGUCAAAAUAUUUUUCUUAAAAGAAAUACAUCUGGAAACCUCCCUUCUCCCUCUUAUAGCUUAUAAACUCUCAUUCCAAAAGUACUGAUCUUGCGACUGGCUCCUCAGCUGCUAAUGGUUUUUGAAGUUAUUAUGCUGCUACCAUCAAAAUGACAGCACCUCCAGUUAUUGUUCUAAUACCCCCUCAUCUUGUGCAAACAUCACUUGCCCUAUUUGUCAACAUCACUUAAUAGUACUGCUUUACUGUUUCCAUAUUUUCAGCUUUAAUUUAUAUUGUUUUACCUACUACUUACCUUCUCAUACUUGUCUUCUUCUUAUCUUCUUGUAUCUUCUCAUAUUGUCUCAUAGUCAGUACUUCUAUACAGUAAAAUCUCUGUUAUUCGGUACUUCACCAACUGGACUACCUUAUUAACUGGAAUUUUGGCACCAUGCCACUGCACUGCAAGCCGCAGGAUGCACACAGCAUGGCGCUGUGCCACAAGUGGCAGGAUACACAAGGCACCGCACCAUGCCACUUUGCCUCCUGCUGUGCAGGGGAGCAGGAAAAGGAAAGCUCACAUGCGGCGGGCGCCGCUGCCACCGCUCAACACCCUGUGCUGCCACCGCUCUGCGUGUGGCUGCCCCCACCCCCUUCCCCCCUUGCGCUGUGUCCGGUUCAGAAACCCCGUACCUCAGGUAACCAUCACUUUUAGCUUACCGGCACUCCCAUUCCCCGCUCAUGCCGGCUAACAGGGAUCUUACUGUGUUAUGCACAUAUAAAUACCAGAUCAACUAACACUCAUAGCCGAUUCUCAGAACCACUAGUACCAUACUCAGCUUGGUACAUUACUGUAGACAAUCCUCAACAAUGGCAAGCGCUUCUGCCAUACAAACAAACGCGCAUUAGCCGUUCACCUCAGACCCCAGAUUUCUGACGUGGAUUGGGUGAUGUAGUUAGAAAGCAAAUCCUCUGGUCAGGAUGAGUUGAUGUCCAUGUUUAGCAUAACAUGGUUUCCUGUGUUGGUGUUUUUAGUUAGAUACAUAUGCACUCUCCCAGUUUUCUAUCUCUGAAGCUUUGUGUAGCAAACACUGAAUAAGGUUUGUAGGUACGCUAUAAUGUACACGAUAUAAAAUAAAACUUAGAGUACAAAACUGAUCUGGCUUCAGUUGAGUUCUUGUUUUCAAUGGAGUUAUACUGGGGUGUAUUGGCCUUGGUGUCAUAUACAGUGCAAUAGGCAGACACAGUGCAAGACAUUUCAUAAGGAUUUUUUUUUUACUUCUUUUUCCUGUGAACAGUAAGACAUACCUUACUCAGGAAAAGUUUUUCAUGCUUUUCAGUACUGAUGAAAUGAUUUAAUCCCAAAUCCCUUCCCUCUGAACUGCUGUUUUCAGUUCAGUGGUUGAUGAAUUUGUUUUGCUAAAUUAUUUUAUGGGUUUAGAAACUGUUGUGCUAUAUACAAGUUACGGUUGUUAGUGGAGUACAAUAUAGUUGCUUCAGUGACUUUUAUAGUGAAAUGUUCAGUUUAUCCGGUGAAGUAGGUGUGGCACACGCCUUUGAAAGACUUUGAUUCUAUAUAGAAAUUGUCUACUUUAGAUAAUGCAUUAAUGCAAGGGAAACUGCUUUACUUUGCAUAUACAUCUCUGAUGCAAUAUAAAUAUAUUAAAGAUUUGAGGUAACAGGCAAUUUAGUAGGGAAUGGAUCAGGCAUUAAUAGCUAUUUGUAUUAAUUUGGGGCAGAAUUAUUUGAAAUGCAAUUAAUUCCAGUGUACUUUAAAAUGUAGCCACUCUAUUUCCCAGCUGUUGAGCUGAACAAAAUCUAAUGUCAUUUUUAAACAUCAGUAUAUAUAAUGUCAUAUAUUAGCUGACCUUAAUAUAUUCUCUGAGUCCUUACUAUGACAUAGUACUUUAUUAUGAGAAGGGGAUGGGAAAGAUACAUCUUAUUAGCAUGGAGUGCUGUA